AUGACGAAAGAACAGGCUAUUGAAUAUGCUGUGCAAGAGCUGCCGAAUAUUCUACCUUUGGACUCAGAUCAGAUAAAGGAUCUUUGCGAGCAGACCAUCAAGGAAAAUGGAGGAGACUCCGAGAGAAUAGCCCAGGCGUUGUUUGAGAUAUUGGGACAGGACGAUCUGUCGGUGCAUUUUAUCUUUGAGUUCAAUGAGAGGUUGAUGGAGCCUCCAAAGUCGGUGAAACCUGUGGCCCCGGUGAAACCGGUGAGCCCAGUGAAACCUGUGGCCCCAGUUAAGCCAGUGGCCUCAGUGGCCCCAGUGAAACAAGCAAAGCCCGAAACUUCCACUGUGAGGAGUGAUCAUCAUCCCGUGAAGGAAAGUGCCCCCCGGAAAACGUCAAAAGACAGCAAGGAAAUACGGCUAGAGUCCUUGAAAGAUAUUGAUGAUGUGUUGAAGAUGCUAGAGCUUAGGUCCGGAACCGGGAACCCAGAACAGUACAAGUGCAAUUGCCAGGGCACAAGACACCCGAUAUUUGAUCCUGCGCCCAAUUGUCUGCAUUGUGGGAAAAUAAUAUGCGUGAAAGAAGGACUACACAUGAACAAUUGCAGUUUCUGCCAGGAAGAGCUAAUUCCUCGCGAAGAACGUGAGAAUAUCAUGAAGCUACUCCAGAUGGAGAAGGAGCAUAUUGAACUCAAGAAAGUGCAGGAAAAUAUGCCAAAGCCCAAGCCGAAACAGACUAAGAAAUAUAAGAUCACAUCAGGUGCCGGCACAAAUCUAUGGAAGGAACAGGAGAAAAUGCUACAAAGAGUGGAAAAGGACAGGAACCAGGAACGAGAGACCAAGAGACAGCAGAUAUUGAACCAGGAUGAGGAAGCUGGUGGUGACGAGGAUGAGGAAGAGCAGUUGAAAGAAGCACGUAUGCGGCUUGAAAAGCUCUUGCACUACCAGGACACGAGUGCUGAAAGAACGAAAAUCAUUGAUAACGCAAGCGAUUUCGCACUAAAUGAAGACGUAAUGUGGGGGUCAGCGUACGAAAGAGCAUUGCAAUUGAAGAAGCAGCAGCGAAACCUCCGUAAAUGGGAGAAGAUCGAAAAGGAAAGGAACGGCAGACGUGAGAAGAUCGUAUUAGAUUUGACGAUAGGUAAGGAUGGUAAAGUCGUUAUGACCGAAGCUGUGAAAAAGAAGAAUGGCAAUGACAACGUUAAUGCAGCUAGUGAUGAUGAGUUCGACGAUAUAAGUGAUGAGGAAGAUCUUCAAGAUUUAGAGGAUAUUCACAAUUUGAAGGCUGAAAUCAGCUCGCAAAGGGAACAAGAACGCUCGAAACUUCAAAGUAGGGUAUGGGAUUACGAAAAGGCACAAGCAGAAUUUUCUAAACCGGUAUAUGUACCUGGACCCGAUGAACAAACGGAAAAGGUGCCUGAGCGCCCAGAAGUACAGAAAAAGGUACACCGUGUCCAAGUGGGAGAUAAUGAUAGACCUUCACUCCAGGACAAUAUAUUAGCUAUCUUGUAG